CUUUUAGUUAUCGAAACGUUCUACGCUAUGUAUAUGUGCAAUUCCUGAACAAUACGCAAAUUAUACGUCCAGAAUUGAAAAAAAAAACCUUAUGUAUGUAACAGGUUAAACUGGUUGAUACGAGUGAGCUGUGCGUCAAGAGAACUGGAUGAUAGUGGCUGAUCAUUUUCUAGGAAUUUAAAGUGAAAAUAGACUUGUUUUGGCUGAUCAUUUUCUAGGAAUUACAAGUGAAAAUAGACUUGUUAUCGCAUGCAUAUCGCAGCAGAUUGAUACAAGAGAAUUAGCACAUAGAAAAAUGAUGGGAGGAAAGAAAACAGGACUGUUGUUUUGUAUGGUGCUGUUGUGUUUUCCGCAUAGUGUGGGAGGCGGACCAAUUACCUGGGCUUCCUGCAUGGCGGUUGUUGGAGUUGGUGGUCUUGUGUUGGGAGCAGCAAUUUUACCGCUUCUUGGUUUUACAAGCACUGGUAUAGCUGCAGGAUCAUGGGCAGCCUGGAUAAUGUCCCUGUAUGGUGGAUCUGUACCAGCUGGAAGUUUGUUUGCCCUUCUUCAAUCCACAGGAGCCGCUGGAAUAAAUUGGAGUGCAUUUGGAGGAAUUUCUGGUUUUUGUGCUGCUCUUACAGCUCCAUUUCCAUAAAUUAUAAUUAGAAGUGCCUGCUGUUCUAUUAAUAUAUAUAUAUAUAUAUAUAUCUUAUCUUAUAUAAAUAAGAAAAUAUCAAAAAUAUAGAUUAUUUAAAAGAAAUAUUUGAUAUAUGUGUAUAGUUAAUUAAGGCCCCUAAAAAAACCCUUAGAAACAGUCGUCAUAACUCGGAAAUGUAGCUUUAGAUAUUUCCAGUAUAUAUCUGAUAUUUAACCAUAAAGUUAAUUUUAUCAGAUACAAUAUUAAAGGUAUGCUACCUCUUAGGAUUUCCAAAAAUUGAAAUUUUUGAACUUGACCAAAAUUAGUCCUUGAUCAUCAGUGGAUUUACCUGGUGUCAUAAAUAUACAACAGAAUACCUCUAUAAACCAAUACAUCCAUAAAACUAAGUAAUUUUGAAACAUGUUUAGAAGAGUGUUUCAAUAAUAAUUUAGUUCAAUGGAUGUCGUAUUAUAUAGAUCUUCUAUUCUUUAGUAUGUUGUUCUGUUGACCAAGUUUGAGAUUUUUUGUCCAUUCUAAGAGGUAGUUUUCCUUAAGACAACAAGAUUUAUUUUGGUAGAAAUUCAAUGUACAUAUGAGUCACUAAAACUGAGGAUAGUAAUAAAUUGAUGCUGAUUAAUAAAUAGCUUCUCUCAAAAUAUUUUAUUAAGUUAUUUACAGUUUGAUUUGUUUUUAGCACAACAACAGAGUAAGACUGUUAGUAAUGCAACUAAUGAUAUUUACAAAAUUGAUGAAAUGUGCAUCACUGACAGCCUUAUCCAUAAGAUAUUACAUAAUCAAAUAAUUGAACAGCUUUGAAUUUAUCAAAUGCAAUUUUUGGAAAUAUUUUUUUCUUCAAUAAUAAUGUACAAAUGUUGUUUUUGUUUGAUUGUUGUCUAUGAUUAAAAAUAUAAAUAAAUCUUAUGCAUAAGA